UUUCUGCCCAACCCAAUCUUCUUCAUUGAUUAAGAAGUUUAUUAAGGUGAAGCUAAAACAAGUCUAUGAAGAGAAAAAGCUGAAAGUCUAAAAAGAUAUCUCUAGAGAUCAAAAAAGCUAGCUUAUGAUACCUAUAUAGAAACCCUCUUUAAUUUCUCCUUUUCACUAAUUUCUAUACACAAUUAAAAAUCCAUUUUAAGUCAUGUUUAAUUCUUCAUCAGACCCCUUCAUGACUUCCUCAGAGAAUAAUGGAAACAAUUGUAUUAACAACAACAAAAGAAAAAGAAGGCCAGCUGGAACCCCAGAUCCAGAUGCAGAAGUGGUAUCUUUAUCACCAAAAACUUUAUUAGAAUCAGAUAGAUACAUAUGUGAGAUCUGUAAUCAAGGAUUUCAAAGGGAUCAAAAUUUACAAAUGCAUAGAAGAAGGCAUAAAGUACCAUGGAAAUUGCUAAAAAGAGAAACUCCUAUUGUUAAAAAAAGAGUAUUUGUUUGUCCAGAGCCAACUUGUCUACAUCAUGACCCUUGUCAUGCUCUUGGUGAUCUUGUUGGUAUUAAAAAACACUUCAGGAGGAAACAUAGUAAUCACAAACAAUGGGUAUGUGAGAAAUGUAACAAAGGAUAUGCUGUUCAAUCUGAUUACAAGGCACAUCUCAAAACAUGUGGAACUCGUGGUCAUUCUUGCGAUUGCGGUCGCGUAUUCUCCAGGGUGGAGAGCUUCAUAGAGCAUCAAGACUUAUGUAGUUUUGGAAGCCUUCGAUCAGAAUCACAAUCUUUAAUACAAUUACCAUCAGCACCUUGCCUUUCUCGUACAGCUUCAAGUCCUAGCCCUUCAAGUGAUCACACAAAUAAUCUCAUCACUACUACUAAUACAGUCCCAUGGCCUAAUUUUAUUAUGAAAACUCCAAAUGCCAUAAUAAAAAAACACAAUUUAGAGCUCCAACUCUUGACUACUACUACUACAACAACAUCUCCAUCUAGCCCCUUUGAUGUCUCCGUAUCGUCAAAAUCGCGCGAUGAUCAUAAUCUUCAACUCUCUAUUGGUUCAUCGGAUCUAAGUGAGAAGAAUGAGUCGGAGAAUAAUAAUAAUGACACACACAGAUCGAGAAAUGGUGUAGAGGGGUUGAGGCAGGCGUUAGCCGAAAAAGUGUACGCGGAAGAGGCGAGAAAGAAAGGGAGGAGAGAAAUUGAAUUGGCGGAGGAAGAAUUGGGUAAUGCAAGGAGAAUAAGGAGACAAGCACAAAUGGAAUUAGAAAAGGCACAAGUAUUGAAGGAAGAAGCAAUAAGGAAAAUUAAUUUUACUCUUUCACAAAUCACAUGUCAUGCUUGCAAACAAAAGUUCCAAGGUAAAAGGAUAACAACAACAAGUAUAGUUCCUAAUUCUCAUCAUGACCAAAAUAUUCAUCUCAAGUAUAGUACUUGCCCAACAUCACUACACUAGUUGUACUAUAUUGUAUUUCUUCAUCUCUACUUUGGAUUUAUUUUUUUUUGUUACAUUUUUGGGCACUUAAGUUUGUUGUAUGAAUAUAAGUCUAGUGUGGAUGGUGCAUGCUACUAUGAUGAACAACCUAAUAAUGUGAAAGUGAAAUCUCUUGUGGUAUGAAAAUUUGUAGGGGUUCUUGAUUUUAUUAUUUU